AUGGCGGAGGUUGGUGCGAUGCUUGCGAGUGCCGUGGGGAAACAUAUCGCUUGCAAGUUGGGCGAUCUGGUGAAAGACGAGAUCGCCUUACUGUGGGGCUUCGAGGAAGAUGUGGAAGGUAUGAGGGAAAAAAUGGAAGAUCUGGAGGCCGUGAUGCAUGACGCGGAUGACAGGAUGCGCCGAGGGGAAAGAGAUGGAAAAGCUGUUGGGCGGUGGCUCGCGAAAUUCAAGUCUGUCGCCUACGACGUUGAGGACGUGUUGGACGAGCUGGAUGCCAACGAGCUCAUCAACAACACCCAGUCAAAGGUCAAGCUAUUCUUUUCGGGGAACAAUCAACUCGUCCAAAGGGCGACAAUAGCCCACGACAUGAAGACCGUGAGGGGCAAAAUAGACCAAAUAGUAAAAGAGGGCCAGACACUGAAUCUUGCUCGUCAUGAAGCAAGGCCAGAAGGGAGCAGAAAUAAGGAAACUUUUGCCGCUAGUAGGAACAUAGGAAUGAAAAAUGGAAUGGUGGGGAGGGAUAUGGAGAAGGAGAAAAUUAUUAGCCUGCUAUUGAAAAGUGAAGCAAAUGAGGAUAUCUCCAUCAUUCCAAUUAUUGGGCUUGGUGGUCUUGGGAAGUCAACAUUAGCAGAAUCAGUUUUGGCGGAUCAAAGAGUAAAUGUCUUUGAUGUCAAUGUGUGGGUUCAUGUGUCCGAGCAGUUUAAUUUGCACAACAUUGGGAGUUCAAUCAUGAAAGGCAUAAAUAGCAGUAUCAGUCUUGAGAACUGCACUUUGCAGUUUUUACAUGAUAAUCUGCAAAAGGAGCUCUCCACUACAAGAUACCUGAUUGUUCUGGAUGAUCUCUGGGAAGAAGAUGGACAAAGACUAGAAGAACUGAAGAGGAUGUUACAAUAUGGUUGUAAAGGUAGCAAGAUCAUAGUAACUACCCGCAGCAAGAGCGUCGUGCAAAACCUUAGCACCGGGUUUCUUGCAAACAGUCGGAAAAUAUGCCUUGUUACUGAGCCUGACCAAAUCAACUUGGGUGUUUUAUCACCUAUGGAAUGUUGGGAAGUAAUGAAGCAGAGGGCACUUGGACCUGAUGAUAACGAAAGCGGCUUGCAUGAAAUCGGAAGAGAAAUUGCGGCGAGGUGUGGGGGGAUACCACUUGUUGCAAAUGCUCUAGGGCAAGUAAUGUUCGAGCUAAGGACUGUCACAGCAUGGGAAGAUAUAAGAGACAUUAAAGUUGACUUGGGCUUGAGAGAAGUACAUCAAAACAACACAUUAGAGCGUCUAAUGCUGAGUUAUUACUACAUGAAGAUGGAAUUCAAAAUGUGUUUCACAUAUUUGGCUGCCUUCCGCAAGGGAUUUGUUGUUGAUGCACGCCAUCUAAUCCAACAGUGGAUGGCUCUUGGAUACAUUCAUGGAUAUGAUGAUGGUGAAAGAUGUAUAAACUACCUUCUAGGGAUGUCCUUUCUUCAGUUAUCAAGGUCACCAUCGGUUGGUCCGGUUCAAGUGCAUGGAAAAGGCCCUGGGGAGCUCACCAUGCAUGAUUUGGUCCAUGAACUUGCCUCAAUAAUUAUUGCCAAUGAAUUGCUUCUUCUGGAUGCAAAUGGAACCAAACCAAAGACCUGGAACAAAGCAAGUUUUUGCCGACACGCACAAUUGAUAAACUACCAGAAUCAACCGAACAUUUUAGAAGAUAUACCAACCAAGGUUAGAUCCCUCCAUUUUAGCAAUCCCAGGAAAUUGCAACUUCCUCAAAUGGCAUUUUCUCGGUCCAAAUACAUGCGUAUCUUAGACUUAAGUGGGUGUUCAGCUGGAGUAAAAUCUACUCCAAGCAACUUGAACCAUAGUGGAUCUUUAGUUGAUGGACAAUCCACCUCAAGAAACAUAGUUCUUCCAUCUUCUCUUCAUCACUCAAAGCUACUUAGGUACCUUGAUGCCACUGCCUUGCCAAUAAAAUCAAUUCCAAAGUCUUUCCACACACUUCAGCACAUGCAAACUUUAAUUUUGUCCCAAUGCUCUAUUGAAUCCUUGCCUGACAACAUAUGUAGCCUCCAGAAACUUUGUCACUUGGACCUAUCUAGUAAUAUCAGCCUUAAUGAGCUUCCUGUGUCACUGGGCAAGCUCUCUAAACUCUCUUUCCUCAACUUGUUGGGUUGUUCCAUUCUCCAAGAGUUGCCGGAAUCUAUCUGCGAGAUGACAUCCUUACGUCACCUAGACAUGUCAGAGUGUAUUGCUCUUCGGAAGCUCCCUGAUAAAUUUGGCAGCCUUCCAAAACUCAUAUUCUUAAACUUGUCAGGUUGUUCCAAGCUAACCAAACUACCUGAUAGUGUCAGACUUCGGUCCUUAGAGCAUCUGGACUUAUCAAAUUGCCAUGUGUUGGAAUACCUCCCAAAAGAUUUUGGCAACCUCCAAAAUCUUGGUUUCUUGAAUCUCUCUGGAUGCUACAAGGUUUCAUUGCUCCCAGAAUCAUUUUGGCAGCUUAUUCAUUUGAAAUUCUUAGAUCUUUCAGAUUGCCAUGACCUCAGGGAAUUGCCUGAAAGUUUUGGCAACCUUUUUGAGCUUGAAUUUUUGAUCGUAGCAAGUUGUUGCAAGCUAAAACUAUUGCCCGAGUCACUCUGCCAGUUGCUCAAGCUGAGGCAUCUCAAUUUGUCAUAUUGUCUGAGGCUUGAAAAUCUUCCGUCCUCGAUAGGUGACCUUAAGCUUGAAUUAUUGGACAUCUCUGGUGUAAAUUGUAAGGAUUUACCAGAUAGCAUCCGUGACCUAACCACACUCAAUCAACUUCUGGUCUCGUCAGCACAAGAAGAAAUGUUUGACAAGGCAUGUGACAUCAAAAAGCAUCUGAAUUUGCCAGGGGUGAUAGUACAUGAGGUACAUCAGCUCGAGAACAAAGGAUAUAGCAGUAUUGUGGAGCUAGCGCAGUUGACCUGCCACGAGCUUACUAUUGUAGAACUUCAAAAUGUCAUGAAUCCUAAAGAUGCGGAGAGAGCCAAGCUGCGUGAUAAGUCAGAUCUCCAUAGUCUACAUCUUGCAUGGGGAGUCCAAUGUGAGAACGAUAAAUGUGUGCUGGAGAGGCUUAUACCGCCUCGAACUCUUGAACAAUUUUCUAUAUGGGAUUAUAUGAGCAAGGAUUUCCCUAAUUGGAUGUAUGACAUUUCCUCCUACCUCCCUUCUCUCACAUUCCUCAAGCUUUCUGGUUUAGGAACAUGUCAUAAUCUUCCACCAGUUGGGCUACUGGCAAAUUUAAGAAGCCUACACAUGGAGAAUAUUCCAAACAUCACAAAAAUUGGCAAGGAAUUUUAUGGAGAAGGUGGAACUUGUAGGAAAUUGAGAGUUAUACGAUUGGAGUCGAUGGAGAAUCUGGUGGAAUGGUGGACAACACAGUCAAGUGAAGAAAAUGAAGAGUCGUUGAUCCCUAAUUUGCAUACUUUGGAUAUAGGAGACUGCCCCAAGUUGAAGUUCCUACCAUAUCCCCCGAGGAGUAUGUUUUGGCUUUUGGAUAAUAGCAGCAUGAUUUGGCCAAAAAGGGGAUUUGGGAAGCUUUCGUCUUCCACUCUUCCUUUUAAGAUGGUAGUACAGAACUGCAAUUUUGCUCCACACAAGUGGGAUAGGCUUCAACACCUCCCCACACUGGAGAUAUUUGAAGUUUAUUCCUGCAACGGAUUGAGGAUGUUUCCGGAUGUCAUUGGAUGCUUAACAUCUCUCACAAGACUACACCUGCGGUCUUUGAUGGAUCUGGAGAUACUGCCAGAAUGUUUGGGGAACCUCACUUCUCUAGAACACUUUAUCAUCACAAAUUGUCCCCAAGUGACAUCUCUGCCUGAAAGCAUGAAGAACCUUACAGCUCUGACAGAACUGUGGCUGAAGAAGUGCAAUGGCCUAUAUGUAUUGCCAGAGUGGCUGGGCCAGCUCGAAUCCCUACAGGAAUUUAACAUCAUUGACUGUCCAAACCUGAAACGUUUGCCCGAAAGCAUACAGAGCCUCACCAAGUUGGAGGAACUCUACAUUUGGGGUUGUCCAAGUCUGGUUGGAAGGUGCCAGUGGGAGGAUGCCAACAUGAUUUCUCGCAUCCCGAAAGUCACAUUGCGGAGAUGA